AUGGCGGACAACAAUAUUGAAGCCAAGGUGCGCGAGUUCGCUGAACUCAAGUCGAAAGCAGAGAUGCGAGAUUUCAUCGACAAGACCAAUGAGAACAUCAUUAGUUUCAAGAACAGGAUCGGUGUCACUGGUUCGGUAUCUACACUGAUAGCCAACUAUCGAGCACACCUCGAACGUGUGGCUUCAGGGGAGCAGAGCCAUGAAGUACCGGAAACGCCGUCCUCUUCUCGUGCUAAAGGCAAGCAACGCGCGACAACGGUUUCCACAGCUUCGUUAAGGGGCAAUGAUGGCGAUUUUGAAGACAUUCCCGACAAGGCUACGGGCCUGCUUUCUAAGCUCAUGAUCCAGCUAAAUCCGCCCAUCUCCCGCGUCACAAAAGAAUGCCUCAACGUACUUGGGUCUUCCUUGAGAAUUCAUCCCACAACCGAGGAUGACUUCUCAUACAUUCUUCAGCCCCUCUUCCACGUCAUAUUCGAUGUUGUUCGCGCCCGCAAUAUGGUCCCACUGUCAUACAACCAUGCUGAGAACUACCAGAGACUCUCUCAGGAGGUACAGAAGAUGAAGCCAGUCGACGGCAUCUCUCAUAUCAUAGAGCCCUUGGUAAAAGGUAUAGGUGUCGAGCACACUAGACGCGGAACAGAAGACGACAUUGAAGUCCAAGUUCCCGCGGCACUUGUCAAAGAACUAGAUCUACUAUCCGAUGAGAUACACGCUUCAUUCGAACGUUGGUCCAGCACAUUCCCACCGCCACCAGCCGAGGAAAUUCUGUACCCUCUUGACUUCACUAGAGAGGAGAAGCAUGCUCUUAGAAGAUACGCCAAAGGCUUCCUAGAGGAGAACUUGCACAUUGCCGAGAAGAAUGCUAAACGUGAGGAUAUUCAGGAAGCACUGUCAGAGCUCAGAGCCAAUUGGCCCAUCGCAAAAGGCAACAUGCAAGCUAUCGCACAGCUCCUUCUCGAUGAAGUAAAGUCAAGCCAUAGUCGCUCGAAGCCCCGCUCGCGCUCACGUUCGCUUGCCAGCCCCUCCCUUGCGAGCGAAACGACUAACGCAUUUCAUGAAAGUUCCGUGGGUGGUGAGCUUGGAGACCUUGAAGAUGAGAGCCACGCCAGAGAGCAUUGUGGCACCUCAGAUCAGCUAGAUAGCAGGAAGCGUUCGUUGAUUGUCAACUCCGAUGAGGAUGACGGUGGCGAGGAUGCUCCUAACCAGUCCAAGGCUAAAUGCACUGAGCGUAGGGGGACAAGGUCGCGGUCGCAGUAG